UCCUUUCCUCCUUCUCUCUGUUCCGGAACGGAAACUGAGAAAAACUGUAAUGAAAAUUGCAUUUUUGUUUUCCACAAAACCAAUCCUAUAAUUAUUGUAUUUCCUUGCGAAGAAAGAUCACUGAAUGACAGAAAGGCACUUGGACGAUUCGCCUAUUUAUUCAUUGUACACGAAGAGGCGCUUUGGAAAUUGAGAACCUGAAACCCGGGAAUUCUGGAGACGAAGCUUAGGAUAUCCCAGUCGUGGCUGGAGCCUGGAAUUCCAAGAAUCAGGGAUUCGAAUCAGAAGAAAUAGACAGUAAGGGGCAAAGUCUAAAUUAUGAGCUGGCUUGGCAAAGAGAUAGUUACCUGUAGUGAUGGUAGUGUCAGUAAUGAAUCUUCUGCUAGUGGGUCAGCUGGAGAAAGGACAGUUUAUCUUGAUCAUGAAAUUGCUCAACUCACCAAACUUAGGUCAAGCCCCCAUAAACUUUUGGGAUCUGUUGCGCCUGGUAGGAUGAGGUUGCCAGUAUCAACUGUACGAAUGUUAGCUGGUAGAGAAGCUAACUAUUCUGGACUGGGGAGAUUUUCAUCAAGAGAUGGUUGUCAUGUUUUAAGCCGCUAUUUGCCUACUAAUGGUCCUUGGUUGGUGGAUCGGAUGAAAAGCCGUGCCUAUGUUUCGCAAUUUUCUGCUGAAGGAUCUCUAUUUAUUGCUGGAUUUCAGGGAAGCCACAUUAGGGUCUAUGAUGUUGACAGGGACUGGAAGGUACUGAAGGACAUCUCUGCUAGAAACUUGAGGUGGACAAUUACAGAUACAUCUCUUUCACCAGAUCAAUGCUACCUUGUUUAUGCUAGUAUGUCCCCUAUUGUCCAUAUUGUGAAUGUGAUGUCUGCUACAGCACAGUCAAUAGCAAAUGUUACAGAAGUUCAUAAUGGUUUAGAUUUAUCUUCUGAUGAAGAUAAUGAUGAAUUUGGGAUUUUCUCCGUCAAGUUUUCAACGGAUGGCCAAGAACUUGUUGCUGCUACAAGUGAUUGCUCAAUAUGUGUUUAUGAUCUUAGAGCCAAUAAGCUUAGCCUUAGAAUUCCUGCCCACAUGUCUGAUGUUAACACUGUCUGCUUCGCUGAUGAAUCUGGCCAUCUUAUAUAUUCUGGAAGUGAUGAUGGUUUCUGCAAGGUAUGGGAUAGGCGCUGCUUUGUCUCAAAAGGACAACCAGCUGGAACAUUGGUGGGCCAUUUACAAGGCAUUACAUUCAUUGAUAGCCGUGGAGAUGGACGUUAUUUAAUUUCUAAUGGAAAAGAUCAGACUACGAAACUAUGGGACAUAAGGAAGAUGUCUUCUAAUGUUAUGAAUCCUGGGCUUCAAGAUGAAGAUUGGGAUUAUAGGUGGAUGGACUACCCUCAAUAUGCAAGAAAUUUAAAACAUCCUAAUGACCAGUCACUGGCAACAUAUAGUGGCCACUCAGUGUUGCGUACUUUAAUCCGCUGCUACUUCUCACCAUCAUAUAGCACUGGACAAAAGUACAUUUACACCGGGUCCAGCGAUUCCUCUGUUUAUAUCUAUGACCUGGUGAGCGGAGCUCAAGUUGCAAAACUUGACCAUCAUGAAGGACCUGUGAGGGAUUGUAGCUGGCACCCUGUGUACCCAAUGUUGAUCAGUUCCUCCUGGGACGGUGACGUGGUCAGGUGGGAAUUUCCAUGGCGCAGCGAAGCCACUGCUCGUCCAAACAGACGAGCACUAGCAGGAAGAGGUAGCAGAAUUGCAUUGCAUGCCUUGCUUGCUCAAGCCUAUUCUAUUCCCUAAAUGUUGUCUGUGUGUGUGUGUGUGUGUGUGUGUGUGUGUAAAGCCUGGCGGGUGUAAAUCUAGUUUGUUAUUUGUGGUUGAAGUUUAUACGUUCUUCAAUGCCUAUUGCCUGUAACUGCAGAAAAGCUUUACAUUGUCACUGCUUUUGGGUUGGCUAUGAAUGAUUUUGUAUAGGAGACAUAUCAGACAUACAAAAGAACAGGCUACAAGUGUAUCUGAAAGAUAAUAAUAUCAAGUUAUCAUAGGUUUAUACUCUGCUGGUAGCUCUUAAUACAAGGCAGAUUUUGAAAGUUUA